AUGGAGCAGGGACUCAGCAACACCCCGGCCUCAGAGCUGGACAAGUUCAUAGAGGACCACCUCCAACCCAACACCAGCUUCUGUAAUGAGGUCAGAGUAGACAUCAACAUCAUAUGUGAUUUCCUGAAGGAGAGAUGCUUCCAAGGCACGGCUCACCCUGUGAGGGUCUCCAAGGUGGUGAAGGGCGGCUCCUCGGGCAAAGGCAAAAUGCUGAAGGGCAGGUUCGAAGCUGACCUGGUGGUGUUCCUUAACAAUCUCACCAGCUUUGAGGAUCAGUUAAAGCGACGGAGAGAGUUCCUAAAGGAAAUUGAGAAUCAGCUGUGCCAGCUACAGGGAGAGAAAAAGUUUCCAGUGAAGCUUGAGGUCCUCCGAUCGUGGAGGAAGAACUCCCCUGGGCUAAUCUUGAGGCUGAGCUCCCCGCAGCAUCAACAGGAGGUGGAGUUUGAUGUGCUGCUGGCCUAUGACCUCCUGGGUAAGCCAGUCAUCCGUAAGGCUCAGCAGAGUAGUGUCUGCUUCUACAGCAAGCCUGACCCUGAAAUCUACAGAAAGUUCAUCAGCGAGUGCACCUCCCUGAGGAAGGUGGGAGAGUUCUCCACCUGCUUCACAGAGCUCCAGAGAAACUUCCUGAAGCAUCGUCCAACCAAGCUGAAGAGUCUCAUCCACCUGGUCAAGCACUGGUACCAACUGUGUAAGGAGAAGCUGGGGGAACCACUGCCCCCCCAGUAUGCCCUGGAGCUGCUCACAGUCUAUGCCUGGGAACGUGGGAGUGGAGCCACUGAGUUCAACACAGCCCAGGGCUUCCGGACAGUCUUGGAACUGGUCACCAAGCACAGGCAGCUUCGAAUCUACUGGAGAGUGUAUUAUGACUUUCAACACCAAUAUAUCUCUGACUACCUGCACAGACAGCUCGGAAGAGCCAGGCCUGUGAUCCUGGACCCGGCUGAUCCAACAAGGAACGUGGCUGGUGGGAACCCAGAGGCCUGGUGGCGCCUGGCUGGAGAGGCUACAGCCUGGCUGCAAUGCCAAUGCUCUUUUAAAUGUUGCAUGCCUCAAGUGGGCUCCUGGAAUGUGCUGGUAAGUCCUUGUCCUCAUCUUUUCCCCUUGCACACAGCUUUGGUCACUCCAUCUCUUUGGAGAAUAUUCUCACAAAGAUGUGAUCUUUUGCUAAAGGUCUCCACACUCCUAGGGAGGCCAGCUGCUUCCCUGUUUUCCAGCCAUUUUAGCAGCAUUCAGAGAUGUCACAGGCUGGCAAGAUGGCCCAGUGGGUAAAGCCCGUGCUGCCAACACUGGUGACCUGGGCUUGAUUCCUAGGACCCUAAGGUAGAAGGAGAGACCAACUCCUCCAAGUUUUCUCUGCGCUUCACCUCUGUGCUGUUACACAUGUUGCAUGUUACACAUGACACACACACAAACUCUAACACUCACACACAUUUACAUCCAAUCAUACCCACACUUUCACACUCACAUGCACUCACAUACACAGGUGCACCCACACACUGACACACAUAAACACAGAGAGUGUGAAAAGGAGGCUCAGAGCUGAAGCCACUGCUCAGGUCCAUGGAACAACCCAUCUCUCCUGCCUCAUUAACAUGUGGCUGAUGGGACUCUUCUGGGCUUUGUCACAGGUAAAGAGGGACAGAGGAACCUGCAUUUGGACCUUUCCUCUACUCGGUCAGGGGUCUUUCUGAUGCUAGGGAACUGAUGAUGAUGAUGUGUUUGGCCUCAGGAUGGACCUUAGUAUGGGUACAGGGAUGCUGGAACCAAACUUCAGAAGGUCAGGAAGGGAGUGAGAGGUGAUGUGGGAGGGGCAGGUGGGGAGAGGAAAGGGGGGCAGGCUCCUUUAGUGCUGUCCCGCAGGAGACAGGUAGGUAGGUGCCUAGCCCCUCUCUCCCAUUUGACAAACUGAACAGGAGCACCUUGGGUGGGGGCAUGACUUCCAGGGAAGGACCCUGUCCACCCUCAAAGGCCUGAGCCCUGAAGCUAGCCUACUGGCCACCUUCCCAGCAUCCCAUAAAAUGACCCAGGUGGCCCGUCACAGCACCCACCCUGGGGACUCAUUUGCAUCUUCUUCCCAGUUUGAAUAUGUGCUCCUGACAUGAUUGUGUGUUUUCUAUUACAGACAGAAGUUGAUGUGCCAAAGCAGGAGGUUCAUUAUUUUCAUCACCUCUGUCUCUUUUUUCUGUUUGUCUUUCUGUAUGAUUUUUUGGGAGCUUUUGCUGCAUAGCC